GGGCUGGUUGCAGCAGUGGAGGUGUGCUGUGGACGCUGGCCCUGCUUGUAAUAAUAUGAACGACCCCCUGGCUGCCAUUGGUCCGCUGCUGGCCGAUUCUCACUCGAGUGUCCACUAUUGGUGAACGGCGAGCAAAACACGGACCCCCCACUCACACCCUUCUGCUCAAUAUGCAUGACGUGGUGCACAGCCAUGUUAAAUGGCUUGACUGCCAAAACUAACGGGUUUUUUUUCCCCAUGCGCGUGUUGUUUGUUUUUGCGCGGUCGGUGUUGGUCCACGUAAGUUCGGACGGCUGUGGACGGCGCUAGCCGCAGUGCAGCUCUCCCCCCAGUCCGCGCAGCUCGCUGUGUGUCCCCCUGGCUGUCGAGUGGCCCUCCGUCAUCACAACAAUCCGCACCGCCAGGAAAACUGAGUAUCUGAGCGGAGAUGGCAUCGAUAGCGGCGGCGCAGGAGCCGGGCUUGAGCCCGGGCUCCGCUCCGCUGGCCGACGCUCUGGUCCCGGCGAGCAUAUUCGCUCCGGACCGGGGAGGCUGCGGGGAGGAGGCCGGGGACGAGUGCUUCGAGGAGGGAUACAUGCUCAACGGCGAGCCCGAGGACCGCGGGCUCGACUGCUGCAGCAAGCUGGCCCUUGUCAGCCCGAAUGGAGAGCAGUACGACUCGUUACUGCGGCAGCUCCGGGACAGGAUGGAGGAGGGCUGUGGAGAGACCAUCUACGUGAUCGGGAUGGGCUCUGAUGGCGGCGACUGGGGGCUGGACGAGAGGGACAUGGAGGCCUCGGUGGCCACGGUGCGCUCGCUCUGUGAGCAGCUGGACGCCGACCUCAUCCAUCUACGAGACCGCAGUGAGGCCGCCGGCCUGGUGCGGGACUACCUGAUCCGGAGGUGUGUGGGUGAGCUGGACUUCCUGGAGGUCAGGGUUGCGGUGGUGGGGAAUGUGGAUGCUGGUAAAAGUACCCUGCUGGGAGUGUUGACGCACGGUGAGCUGGACAAUGGCAGGGGCUUUGCCCGCCAGAAACUUUUCAGGCACAAGCAUGAGAUGGAGAGUGGCAGGACCAGCAGUGUGGGCAACGACAUCCUGGGGUUUGACCAGGAGGGGCAGGUGGUGAACAAACCGGACAGUCAUGGAGGGAGCCUGGACUGGACCAAAAUCUGUGAGAAGUCCUCCAAAGUCAUUACCUUCAUAGAUCUGGCGGGACAUGAGAAAUACCUCAAGACCACUGUUUUUGGGAUGACCGGACACCUUCCAGACUUCUGCAUGCUCAUGGUGGGGAGUAAUGCUGGCAUCGUGGGGAUGACCAAAGAGCACCUGGGUCUGGCGUUGGCUCUUAAUGUACCCGUGUUUGUGGUCGUAACCAAGAUAGACAUGUGUCCAGCCAACAUUCUGCAAGAAACCUUGAAGCUGCUCCAGAGGUUGCUGAAGUCCCCGGGCUGUAGAAAGAUUCCGGUCCUGGUGCAGAACAAAGACGACGUCAUAGUCGCAGCGUCAAACUUCAGUUCUGAGAGGAUGUGCCCCAUCUUCCAGAUAUCCAAUGUGAGUGGAGAGAACAUGGACCUGCUUAAGAUGUUCCUCAACCUGCUCUCCUCCAGGACGUCCUACAGGGACGAUCAGCCUGCUGAAUUCCAGAUAGAUGAUACUUACUCUGUCCCGGGAGUGGGGACUGUGGUGUCAGGGACUACUUUACGCGGGCUCAUACGCCUCAAUGAUACCAUGCUGCUGGGACCGGAUCCUCUGGGCAGCUUCAUCCCCAUCGCCGUUAAAUCAAUCCACCGCAAGAGAAUGCCUGUGAAGGAGGUCAGAGGUGGGCAGACUGCCUCCUUUGCUCUUAAAAAGAUCAAGCGCUCCUCCAUAAGGAAAGGUAUGGUGAUGGUGUCUCCGAGGCUAAACCCUCAGGCCACCUGGGAGUUUGAGGCCGAGAUCCUGGUCCUGCACCACCCCACUACGAUAUCCCCCAGAUACCAGGCCAUGGUCCAUUGUGGGAGUAUAAGGCAGACAGCCACCAUCUUGUCCAUGAACAGAGACUGCUUACGAACAGGGGACAAGGCCUCGGUCCACUUCCGCUUCAUCAAAACCCCCGAAUAUCUGCACUGUGACCAGAGGCUGGUGUUCAGGGAGGGGCGCACCAAGGCUGUGGGAACCAUUACUAAGCUGUUGCAAUCCACCAACAACAUGCCGUCAAACUCCAAACCCCCGCAAAUCAAAAUGCAGUCCACAAAAAAGAUGCCGCUCCGAAAAGAGGACGGCUCGGUGGCCACCGGCGAGGACGCAGCAACGAUAGCACAGUCAGCAGGCUCUGCCACGUCACAGGGGGGAGAGGGAGAUGAUGACCCUCAAAUAAAGGAGGGCAACAAAGAGAACAAGCCAAAGUCUGGAGGUGGUGGACGGAGAAGGGGUGGCCAGAGACACAAAGGAAAGGGCCAGAACAUCAGCUCCAACUCCACAGCAGCCCCCUCCUCGUCGGGGACAGGGAACUGCUGAACGGCUGUCUUCGCCUUGCAGACCUCCCACUCUGUCAUUCCACCAAGUGUCAUUCCACAAACCACAGGAGAGCGAUGUUUGGACCGAGAUAAUCUUACUCCUUGCCUUUCUACACCAAGUCUUCAGUUUUUUUGUUUUGUUAAAGAGGGUCACCUCGAUCUAAAACGCAUAUGCAUUUUAUUGUCAGCUGCCUUUAAUAUUGGAACAGUUUUGGUUUUGGUAAAACAUUGUCUUUUACGAGGUGGGUGGGGGGGGGCGGCAAGCCUGGUACAACAUGAGGGUUUAUUUAAUUCUAUACAUACCAGUGAAUCCAGUCCUCUGGUAGGAAAAAGUGAGGCUUCUAUAACAACAAGGGUCUGGUACCAACCUGAGCAGCUAUGAGUUAAACCUCCUCAUGCAUUCCCCAUGUAUUUGAAAUGAUACAACUAUUGUACUAUUUAUACUGCAUAUGGAAAUUAGCUGUUGUGUUGAUGAGAAAGGUGGCAUUGUACAAAAUGUAUGCAAAUCAAAGAUGAAUGUAGCAGAGGGCACAAAACAAUUUUGAAUUCUAGAUAUAUGGGAAAGUUUAUGAUGGGGCAUUUUAUAAUAUUUAUUUGGCAUACUAGCAGGACAUUUUAUUGUGGAUGGUUGGAAUCUUUUCACACUGACCCAUUUGCUCUCUUAGACACCAGUAUCUGUCAUGCUUCCAUUGUCGGUCUAUACGAACCUUUGACUCAAUAGUGUUCAUAUAAAUACAGCACAUAGUUUGUCACCUAAGCGGUUGCUUAUGAUGGUAAUGCGGUACUUGUUACUCUAGUACGCCAUGUGUUAUGGCCUGUUGCUGUUAAAUCAUUUUAACACCACUGCUGCGAAAAUAGGACCAUAAAUAAACACCGUUUACUCUACUUUUUAAAUAAAUUUUUCUCUUUUUUUUUAUUUAUUUUUUUACCCGAGACGCUUCUACAGUUUGUACUUGUGAAAGAUUUUAACAGUUUUCCAGCUUAGAUUAAUUGAACAAGAAG